CCUUGGGGCCCUGUGGGGGGCUGCCUACCCUGGCCUGUGGGCCCAGGGGUGUUUGGGACUGUCUGCCACAGCAGUUCCGACGAGCCCGGGGGUGAGAGGCAGGGUUCACGGCCCCCUGGUCCCCCAGGAGUAAGAUGCCUUCUCAAGGCUUCUCGAGGCCACAGUCCCAAGCUUCCAGCCCUCACGCUUAGCCUCCUCUCUCUCCCAUCCCACCUGCACCCCAGGCCGUCCACGCCGGCCCUCCUUCCUCUGUGUCUCACUCUGAUCGAAGCUCCGAGACGAGCCAUUGUCUCUGAAGUUCAUCCACCUCCGGCCACAGGUGCCAGUGCUGUGUCCUUGUUACCAACACGAGCCCCGGUCGCCAAGCAGAGAGGGAGAUUGGCACCAUCAGUGCAGGAUCCUUGGUCUCCCUAGAAGCAGACAGUAAGCAGGAGCUUACCCAUCGGGAACCACUUCUGAAUUCAUUGGAUCCACGUCCUGUCCCGCGAGGCAGGCGUUUCUCACGGAGAAGCUGCAGUUCGGAGGAAUCAGAAACCUUGUGAAAUGAACCACCCCAGGGACUUGCAGAAGUUCCCACGCGGGAGAAGCGGGGACCCGUGGCCGUCAGAACGAGGUAUCUGGACCUUCAAAGUGAAGAACGCGGCAGCAAUGGAGAGGACCGACGCCGGAAAGCCGAAGCUGGACGAAGACCUCACAGGAAGCACGGGGCUCCCGGGGACUCUGCUGGAGAAGCACGACCCGUGGCCUGCCUACGUCACGUACAUCUCGCCCAAGGUGAGGAAGCUCAUCCAGAAGAGCCAGGCCAGAGAGCUGGAGUGCUUGGAAGCCAUGCAGGAGAGCCGGCGCGCCCGCAGGCCCAGCACGCCGGCCAGCCUCCUCCAGCCGAAGAGGAGGAAGUCGUCCAAGGCCUCGGGCCACAUGACCUUCAAGGACAUGAGGUCAGAGGCCCGGUUAUCGGCGUGGGGCCCUUUCUCCGUGUUGGCUGCGGGUUCCACCGCGAUCCCGGUGCCGGUCCCCUGCCACGCGGAUUCCAGAGCCAGCCCCACGGCGGACUCCAACAAGAUCAUCUUCUCCCGAAAGCCGACGGCGAGGGUCCUCCCGGGCAGCUCCCGUCUGACCAGCACGCAGAGGCACUCCGGCGGCUAACGAGGGCCCCUGCGGCUGCCCCCGAGCCUGGACAGCAAUUAAGCUCCGUUUGCCACAGCCGCUCACCUCGGCCUUUGCGUUUGAACUUGCUCUGCUGCUGCAGAGCUUGGCUGAGAUAAACCAGGCUGACUGUGGGCUUUGGUGGAGGCGGGGGUGGAAGGCCCAGGUUCUGGAGGAGCAGGUGCUCCGGGUGCAUCUGUCCUGGUCCAGGCAGGAGACAGAGCCACACCUGUUGUUUUACCAGCGGUAACUGAAGAAAAUUUCUAAGUAGGUAACAGAAAAGGCAGGAAGAGGGUAUAGGGCUGUGGCUGGAGGUGGUGCCUGCAAGAAGCGGGCUCGGGGUCGGGGAGCAGAGCAAAGAUGCGGACUUGUUUGGAGCUGGACCCUGGAGACGGCCACGUGGGCUGCAGCUCAGCCUUCUGAGGUUGGGCUGAGGGGCGCCUCUCUGAAGAUGCUGGAGUCCCUGACUGGGCAGAGAGCUGGGGGGGGAACCCCUACCUCUCAAGAGGGGGAGCCCUUCAGCUGGUGGACCCCCCCGAGGCUGGUUCUGAGAGUGUUAGGAAAACCGAAAACUGGACUCGAAUGUUUCUGGAAGGAAGUGACACCCCCGGGUGAACGGGAAUUGCUGGGGAAACAGAAAGGGACAGGAAGCGAGUCGGGAGCCAGUUCCUCCUCCUUCCUCCAGCCUCCCGGCAGCGGCGGCGUUGGCGGCGGUGGCAGCCGCUCCCUCUGGUACCCCCCCCCCCGCCCCCAGGCAGGGCGCAGACCUAAUAGGGAGAGAACAGGGAUGUGAGCCGCAGAUUCCCGAAGCCUGCAUCUCAGAGCCAGUGUGAGGGGCUGGACUUGGAGCCGAGGGCAAGGGAGCUUUGUAACCUUCCCCCGGGGGUCGGGGGCGGGGUUCCCAGAGGAGCCCCCCCCCCAGGGUCGGUAUGUGUUCUCCUUGGAGGGUUUACAAAGCGGCCCUGGGGGCCUGGCGCCCCCUGCUUGGAAUGGCGGGUCGGCUCCCCUCCUUCUGUAAGGCUUGCCUUGGUGGGGCGCCGUUCCCGGCUGGCCCCCAGCUGUGGUUUGUCAGUCUCAGCUGGCGUCGGUCCACCCGGGCGCUGAGCUGUUCCCAGUUGGCCCCAAAGCAAAGGGUGCCGGACUCAGUCUGGACGCAGACAGGCCUUGUCUCUAGAUGCGAGGGCCCUGCUCCUGACGGGCAGACCACCCGCCUCGUGCGUGUGGUUUGUCUCCUGAGCCUGGCUUCACUGGUAGCUUCUCUGCUUUGCCCUCACCCAAGCUUCUGUGCUUAUGUAGAGGUUGCAGCGCGCUUGGCUCUAAAGGCCACUUGAAGAGGCGGAAUUUGCCCUAAAAAUGCAUUCUUUCCAUCUAAGGGUCCUGCAGAAACAUUUGGGCUCCGCUCUGGCUGCUGUGGGUUGUGUGGGAACAACUGCGCAGAUCCUGGGCUCCGCACCCUUUGCUGGGUUCCCAGCUCUUGGCCAGAGUGAACUCUUGCAACGACAGAGGCGGUUUCCAGGGACUCCGAAUGAUGGCAUUUUGGGUCUGUGGCACAGUCAUAGACCUGGAAGCAGGUGAUGAGUGUAUCCUCUCUUCUCUCCUUUGUGGGCGUUCAUAGCGGGAGGCUGUCUGGAGACGUCACGGGUCCUCGUCGAGGGUCAGCCUCGUGGAGGGUCAGCCUUGCCGGGGGUUCGGGAUCAUCCCUCCGGCCCCUCAAGGGUGAGGCAGUCCCACGGUUUUUGUUUGGGUCUUGUUUUUAAUUUCUAGUUAGCUUGUAGUUUUACAGAAGUGUAUACUCUCCAGGGUGAAACGAUUGUUGUAUAGACAGCAUUGUUCAGAUUAAUUCACGUCUCAGCCGAUUAUAACCACACAAGCCGGAGCCCGCGGACACCAGCGCCUGCUGCUGUAAUGGGAAUGGCCGUGUCUGCCACCGCCAUCCGGACGCUUUGCUGCCCAAAGCCAUUUUGACAAAAAAGGCCCCGUUCCUUUGAACUGGGGGGCUCCGUUCACGGCCGAGCUGGGUCCCCAGGUCCGGCCUCCAGGCGGACUUGACCGGCCCCGGUUGUGCACGUGCGGGCAGAGGAGGCGGCUGCGAACCGCUUCUUCCUGGGGGACUAGCACGGCCAGACCAGCAACGAAGCCUCGGUCCCCGCAGGAAGGAGGGUGGUCCUGAGGCCCCCAGCGCCUGCCGCUUAGAUUUGUCCUCUCCGGCCCAGACGCUCCUGCGCGUGUGGAGGGGCCCGGGGAGCCAGACUUAGAGAACUCUCUUGCUGAAAGCCUGGAAGGCCCCGGAGUGGCAACGCCGAGCGGGGCAGAGACUCUGCUUCUUCUGGAUGUCACAGGGCACCAGCGUGCGGGCCCCACCGCCCUGGGCGCGGCCACAAGCGUGGGUCUGCCGGAGCCCAGCCGAUGCUCGAUGCUCGGGGAGGCCAGUUCUGCUCCUGAGAAGCUGGGAGAUGUUCCCGGGGCUCUGCAGCCAGCGUGGAGCCCUGCCAGGGGCUGGAGUGGCCGCCAGUGGGCGGGGCCCUCGCGGAAUGUGACCUCAGCUGCCUUCCGAGCCCAGGGGCCUCCGGGCUGGCCUCCAUUUGAUAGGAAGCUGGCUGACCUCCCCCCGCCCAAACCAGCCACAGCCCGAGGCCCACAGCCGCCUCUUAUUUACCCCUCAGCACCUGGAGCUUUCUGUUCGGCAGCAGAGUUGUUUAAUUGUUCUCCCUGCUCUGGCCACAAAACACGAGAAUAUGUCUUU